AAAAUUGUUGUUGAGUCAAGACACAAUUCGCUUUGCUGUUUUAUUUUAAUUACUAACUUAUAUAACGUUACAAUGGCAGACAAUGACUUAGCCGACUUAAGAAAACAGUGCAUUACUAGCUUGUAUUUGUGUACAGACAAUGUAUCAAAAUAUUUAGAUAGAGAGAAAGAAGCAGAAUUUGAUAAACUGAAGAUGUUUGUGCAGCAGUAUUGCACUUUAGAAGCCCAGCAAGAUGUUACUAUUGAAGCUAUGGAAAGAGCAAAGAGAGAGACUGAUACCUCAAAUAUGGACACCCUGGAAGAGAGGUUUCAGUCACACUUGUCAGCUUUAGCUGGAAAACGCCUCAAGAUCGACAACCACCCAUAUAUGAUGGAAUUCAAGAAAAGAAUACAACAAGGAACAGAAAGUGCCUCAAAUAAUUUGGAUGAAUCAGACUUAGCCAUAACUGAAUCACAGGAUCAAUAUUUGGAUCCCAUCACAAAGAGGCCAGUCACAGACCCAGUAAAGAACUCAGUUUGUGGCCAUAUCUAUGAGAAAGAUGCUAUUUUGAAUUUGAUCUCCACCAAACCUAGAACUAAAUGCCCAGUGGCCGGCUGCGGCAACAGGGGACCGAUACUACGUGACCAUCUCAUAUCAGAUGAAGAACUGAAGUUCCGCAUGACCAUAAGCAAACAUUCCACCAUGAUUCAGGAGCGAUCGUACUUACAACUUGAUGAUACUGUAUGAUUUAAUCAUUAUAUUGGCUAUGUAGUUCAUAAGUUGGUACACCACAAAUGAUAAGAGUGCAAAAUCCAUUGAUUUUUUUCUUUUGAAUAAAAGUCAAAGUCAAAUCAUUUAUUUCAUUUAGGCCUUUACAAGCACUUAUGAACGUCAAAAUUAUAACUAAGUUUGAUUCUAGUUGUUAAACUUUUCAAAGGCUUAAAAAUGAUUCAUUCCGUAAUACGAGAUCCACUGGUGUGCCGAUAACGCACACAAAUGUUCCUUCUUGUCUACUUUCUCUAGCAAGUAACAAAUUGAUUGUCAUAAUUUCUAAAAUAUUCGCGAAACUUAGAACAAAGUGUAGUGAUCAAUUCUGUGCAACAAUUGUGUGGUGAAAUGUCCACAAUAUGUUAAUUGUGCUGUUUUGUAUCUAAUGCUUAACCAAUGUUUUUUUUUUUGCAUUCAGCAAUAUUGUGCCAACUCUUUUAAGUUUACUUAUUUAAUCAAGUAAGUAAUUACAUUAUUAUAUUUCUCCAAGUAAACUUAAGUAAAUAUUGUAAAUAAAGAUUUUUCUAUAUUAA